UGCUUGGAAAGUCAAAGUGGGAUGGUGUGUCCAGGGCACCUGCAGCCCCACUGGCUCUUCAGAGAGAGGACUUUUGUCUCAGCUGCUGUGCCAGGCCCCUGGGAUGCAGCCCGUGGCCCUGCAGAGCCUGUCAGAGCUGGAAAGGGCCAGUCUGCAGGAGCUCGCCCUGUACCGGCUGCAGGAGAAGCUGCUCGUGGGGGAUUUCAGCCUGGACAGAGAUGGACCCAAAGGCAGUAAAUCCAUCCGGCAGAAGCUGGAGAGCUUCUCAAAGGAGAGGAAAGACUGCUCUCCUCACACCUUCGGGAUCCCGCUCUCCCAGGUCAUUGCCAACGACCGCGCCCACCGGCAGCUCCAGGAAGCCGUGGGGAAGAGUCGCCGGCUCUGCCUGGAGGUGGAGGCCACAGUGACCAGGUUUCGGGCUCAGAGGCAGAAGAAAUCUGGGAUGGGCCCAAGCUGUGUCCGAGCACCUGGUGGGGGCUUCCCAGAGGAGCCGCUUUCCCCAACUCUUCCGGACAAGAGCUUCUGGAGCCAGCGAAGGGGGGCCAUGUCUGUGGAUUCCAUCGCCGACCUGAGUGACAACGUGUCCAAGCUGCUGGAGGCACUGCAGCUCUCACACCCCCACGAACUGGACCCACGGAGAGUCCUGGGCAAGAAGAAGAUGCUGAGCCUCAACCCCAUCACCUGGCAGGUCCCACGGAUCGUGGAGAGGUGCUGCACACACAUUGAGACGCACGGUCUCCAAACAGUGGGAAUCUUCCGUGUUGGGAGCUCCAAGAAAAGAGUUCAGCAGCUGAGGGAGGAGUUUGACCAGGGGCUGGAUGUUUUUUUGGAUGAGCAUCAAAGUGUUCACGAUGUGGCUGCUCUGCUCAAAGAGUUUCUUCGGGAUAUGCCGGAUUCCCUGAUUCCCAGAGAGCUCUAUGGAGCCUUCCUCAGCACAGCCACCAUGGAGGGGCCAGCACAGCUGGAUGCCCUCCAGCUGCUUCUCUUCCUGCUGCCCCCCUGCCACAGUGACACCCUGCACCGGCUCCUGCGCUUCCUCGGAGAGGUGGCCCGGCACGCCGAGCGCUCCUGGGAUGCUGAUGGCCAGGAGGUUCCUGGGAAUAAAAUGACAGUUUCAAACCUGGCCACAGUCUUUGGUCCCAACAUCCUGCAGAAGGAGAAGCCUGGAGAGAAAGACGCUGGUGCCCUGAACUUUGAGGACAGCGCUGCCAUAAUCCUGGUGCUCCAGAGGCUGAUCGAGCACCACCAGGCCCUGUUCAUGGUGUCUCCAGAGAUGCAGUGUGACAUCCUGAGGAGGCUGUUCCAGACAGAUCCCGAUGUCAUUGACUACCUGCUGCGCAGGAAGUUCCCUGCCGUGCCGCAGCUGGAGCGUGAGGGUUCCGCAGAGGGCCACUCUCCCUCCACACUGCCUGGCUGGACACGCAGCUUGGAGAGCAGCUCGGUCUCCUCGGACCUCUACAGCAACGUCUCAUUCCUAAACCUGCACGUUGGCAUCUAGUGAGCCCUGGCCAGGCCCUCUGGA